ACUGAACGGCUACCUCAUCCUUCCGCGCUUUGAUUUCCCGCUCCAACCAGUUUCCCUCUUUCAAAUUGAUCACGAUCUCCUAAACGGUUUUGUUUCCUCCAAACAAGGAUGGGAUCUUGAGCAAAAGUGGUUAUAUAUAUAUUUCCUAGCUGAGCGAUUCUGCCUCUUCUACAACAACAGAACCUCGACUCAAGAAACCCUCAUUUGUUAUUAUUCACUCGCCCACUUGAAUGGAGAGUAAAGGAAAAUGACGGUGUACGAGAAACAAAGAAUGAAAACAAUUGAAGAGAACAAAGCGAAAAUGAAAGCAGCGGGUCUUGAUGAAAAGGCGUAUCCGGUUAAGGGUACAAUUCCGAUGUCACAAAAUGAGAAGAGCAAAGGUAAAAAGAAGGGGGGUUUGGAAGACAAUGAGGAGCUUAUGCCAUUUUCCACUGAUGAGGAAUCAAGUUAUUUAAGCGGACCAGAUAAAGAUAAACGAGAUGAAAUAUGUGCAUCUAAAAAGAAGAGCUUAAUGACAAGUCAAGGUGGCCAAGGUAGAAGACAAAGUGGCCGAGCGGGGCAACCUAGAGACGAUGGACGACGUGUUGAUCCAUCUCCAAGAAACUUGGUUAUUAAUGCAAAGCAAUCUCAAGAACUAGAGAAAGAAAUUGUUAAUGACACAACUUAUGAGCCCGAGGAAGAAAUUGGUGAUGGUAUGACAUGUAGAAAACGUGGCAUUACAUGUGGUAAAGGAGCUCGAAAGGCAAUGAAGGCUGCUAAGAAGAAAUUGCCAGUGGAGUUUAAUUUUGAUGCAAUGGAAGUAAUAUGUGAAAAUGCCUUGUCUUUCAUGCAUGAAUGUGGCUACAUUUUGCGUAACAAUUGUAGCUUACAAUAUAAAGAAUGGAGACAUGUACCGAUUGAAGUUAGGUUGCCAUUACGCCACAAGCUAACCACACUUUUUGAAAUUGAUGUGGAGAACUCAAAGGUUUGCAAAGUCAUUGAUAGCUAUUUGGCGAAGGCAUGGAGAGGUUACAAAAGUAAGUUGCAUGAAGACUUCAAACAGAUUGGAGGAUUGGAAGAUCCGACUAAGGCAAAGACUACACCUCCUUCUAAUGUUAGCAAAGAAGACUGGGAAUAUCUUUGUGAUAUGUGGUCCGAGACAAAAUACAAGGAAAAUGCAGAAAAGAAAGUUAAGGCACGUGCACAACGAAAAAUAAAUAGCAAAAAUGGCUCGAAAAGUACAAUACGCUAUCAUAUUGAGCGUGGACUAGAUUUGGAAUCUUCAGCCGGGCAAAUUGAGACAUGGCGACUAACUCAUUGGGACGCAAAAAACGGUUGGAUAUCUACUGAUGCAGCUGCAAAAUAUGAGAAAAUGAUGAAGCUGAGAAAUGAGCAUCUUGUGGAAUCAAUGAGCGAUAAGUCGAUUAUUGAGACUGUACUUGGAAGAAGCUCUGUUCGUUUGCACGGGUAGGGACGUGAUCCAGUUAGUUCUAGUAGCACAAUGGGUGCUACUAAAAAAUCAAAGCAUCUUCCUUACGAAGAGCUGGUGGAUGCUUACGAUGAUCUAGUGGAAGAACUUAGAACGGUAAAAGGUAAAUGUGCAAUUAUGGAACAAGCGUUGAUUGAGAAUAACAUCAUGCCUCGUCCAUCAAGCACAUUGGAACAAUCUCAAUGUGAUACAUUAGAGGGUGUUGAAAACAUUGAUGAGUGAAGGCGAUUUAGUAGAUUCUCAUAACUCGUUAGUAACUUACAAACACUUUUAGUUUUGUUUGUUUUGGUAUUUAAAUUUCUAUAACUAAUACUUUUAUU